GAAGACUGCAUCUCCUGCGCGCUUUUGCAUCUGGCUUAUGAGUGUGUUGAUAUUACACGGUGAUGAUCAUUAGUGGAAGUGAUGUGGAGAACAUAUUUUUCUUCUGGAUGCUAUCAUGAUCCAGGAAUAAAUAUGUUGCAUAGGUUGAAACGUCUCUCGUCAUCUGAGUCUUUCUUCAUGUUGCGGAAGGUCUUGCAUACGCAGAACUUUAUCCCGGCAGUCCCAACUCUGCUGCGCCGCAUUCUACGACUGGAGAGGUGGAUAAUCUUCUUUUGACCGCAGAACACGCUAUUGGCGUUCUCGGAGAUGUCGUCAUAAACCGUUUGCUGGGGAAAAGAGCAUCUG